AUGUCCCUGCUGAGAUGCAGGGUCCCGGCCCUGCCCUGUCUCUGCUUCUGGGUGUUGGUCCUGGCCUCUGUUGUGGCAUGUGCACCUACAGAGGGCCUGAGCCCCACACCAAGCCCUGAGGUGAGCCGCUGGAGCCUGGUCAGGGACAGGGUGAAGGAACUCGUGGAGCCUCUGGUGACCAGGACCCGGAACAGGUGGCAAUGGUUCUGGCGUCCUAAGGCCCUUCAGGGCUUCAUGUACACCUACUAUGAAGACCACUUGAAAGACCUGGGUCCCCGCACCCAGGCCUGGCUCCAGAGCUCCAAGGACAGCCUCCUCAACAAGACGCACAGCCUGUGCCCCAGGCUGCUCUGCAGGGCCCCGGCCCAGGGUUAA